AUGGGCCUAAAAGGCACUAUUGCUCGAGAAAUUGGCAAUCUCUCUUUCCUAAGAUCUUUGGUUAUUAGCGACAACAAUUUUCAUGGCUUUAUCCCAUAUGAAAUAGGAAAUUUGAGCCGGCUCCGAGAAAUAGAUAUGCAGCACAAUGAUCUACAUGGCCCGAUUCCAACAAGUUUUGGAUUUCUUGAAAAUCUCCAGAAGUUAAUCCUGUUACGUAACGUACUCAAUGGGCAUAUUCCUAGUCAGAUUUCCAAUCUCUCUUCUUUAGUAGAAAUUGAUGUUGCAAACAACAGUCUUUUGGGAAGUAUUCCAAUAGAUAUAGGUAACAAUCUUCCGAAGCUAGAGAGGAUAAGAAUUUCAAAGAAUCAAAUAAGUGGCAGUAUUCCUCCAAGCCUGGGAAGAUGCAGAAAACUCAAACAGAUUUCUCUAUCCUUCAAUAAUUUAAAUGGAAGCAUUCCAAUGGAGAUCUGGAACUUGUCAGAGCUUCAACAUCUCUAUUUAGCGAAAAACAAUUUGAUAG